GCGCGCGGGAAGUCGCUUUGGGUGGCUUUGCUGAGGUGGGACGCGGGGAGCUGAAGCGGAAGCGCGGCUGCCAUUUUGUAGAUUGCGGGCCGGUCUUCUGUCUUCGGGAGGCCGAGGCGGGGGCGACGCCGUAUUUUUGAGAGGGCAGAACGCCCGAUAGCCGAUUUUCCAGACGGCCGCCUGGACGGAUUGGCGCGCCCGAGAGGAGAGGGAGGAGGCUGCGGCGUUCGUCUCGAUGAUCUGUUAGGCAAGCGCGGGGUUCUGCUCUCUUUUCCCGCGGGAAAUUACGGAGCUGAGGCUCUUUCAAGGCCUCUUUCGACCCACAGGGGCCUGUUGGUUAACUAUUCACCUGGUUUUAAAGCUUAGUGGUAGGACUGCUAUAGUGUCUGCUCAGAAGUAAGUUGUGUUGAAUUAUUGAACUUCUUGUCUGCUAUAUGUUUUUUCUCCUGUUAACAGAUUAAUGCAUGUGUGUCUUGGCUGUACUUAACAAUCAGGAAUUGAUAUUUUAAUAAUUGUUAAUUUAACAUCAGUUGGAGUUCCUGAAGACUUUUUCAUUGCUUUGUUGCUCUGUUGAAAAUGAAGGACAGGACGUAAUGCUAUCAGUCUUUCUUUGCUGGAUGUAGUUGCUUUUUAUUCAUUUGCAUUCAGGGAAAAAAGUUGAGUUGCCCAAGUAUGUUACUGACAGUUGUAGCUGGUUACCUAGCAUUGCAUGCAAAACUAUAAAUUGUUGACGUGAGCUUUUUGAAUGAGUUGUUAUUCAAGUCCAUUAAGAUUAGUUGCCAUCGUUUUCAGUGAAAUGUAGAUACUGCUUAUACAAAACAAAUGGAUUGGAUCUCACAAAUUACGUAAGAUCGUUAAAAAGAAAUUCUAUCCAGAUGCGUGUGCCAUACUUUUAUAAGGGUCCGAGAAGGUAGCUUGGUUCUAAGCAUAAUAACGGAUUUGAAUGUUUAGUAUAAUGUAUUUUAUAAUUGUUUGCAGCCUUUAGGGUUUUUUUGGUACACAAGAUACAUGUGAUUUGGGUUCUGGUAUUAAUAUUCAAUUAAUAGAACAUUAAAUUGAAUGUAUUUCCUUCAAUUUAUUAGAUACUGUAAUAGGUCUUUAAUGCUGAAACUGCAGUUCUGUGCAUACAUUUGUGAAUAGGCUUUAAUGAGUUUAAUAGGACGUACCUCUGUAAGCUUACAGAGGUUUGUACUGCAGUUUUCUGUUAUUUCCUUUCGCUGGAACUUGUAAAAUAUGGAUAUUACAAGGGCUGCGUAAAUCUAUUUCUGGAUGUAGUCGUAACGUGUGUACUUUUACUUUUGCGAGAUACUGAUCUUAUAAAUGCAAAGCUAUUAUAGCAUUACAUUGGAUUCCUCUGGAUUCAUAUUGGCACAGCAAGCAUGGGGAAGUUGGUAUAUCAUUUUCUUGGAAUUUCUGAUGUUGGAAUAUGUUUCUUUAAUUUGGUCACUUAUUCAGUUACUGAACAUUCCGCUACCUUCUUUAAAAGAAAAAGGAUGUUAGAAGAACUGGACGCUUGCACUUUUUUGUGUGGAACUUUCAAGGACUGAGGACAUUGAGGAAAAAUAUGUUUUGCUAUCGGAUUUUUUUACCAGAAUCUAAAUUUUGAAGAUUGAUUUCAUAUUGUUGCUGACAUCAGUUUUAAGUAGAGAGCAUAAUGAACCUCUCUCAAAACAUGUGAAAAACAAGAUACUAUACAGUUAAAAUUCACAAUUCCUGUUUUUUUGGUACAUCUUUGGAAUAGGAAAGGAGCUGAACAACUUCCAUUAUUUUUUAUUUCUUACUGGGUUGUUAAUGUUCACCAUGGUUCUGGAUAUUCCACUCAAUGUGGCAUAAAAUGUAAAUCUGCUUCUUAGCCAUUAAUUUUGUUUCAUUUUCUUUCCACAGUUAAGUUGAUUUCACAGCCUUUAUCAGGCCUUCAAGAAGAACCAGGUAAGCUUCUGAAAGCUUAAUAUUUGUAUUGUCAGAUUUGAUGGCUUUUUCUUCCAGGCUGAUGACUGGAAAGGAAGAUGUGCAGUUGGCUAUCUAAUUAUGGGAAAGAAUAAACAUGGGGGAAAAGAUUACUGAAUUUGCUUCAUUAUGAGAUGAGCUGGCCUAACAGAGAAUGUCUAAACUUCAUUAUUUCUUGGGAGUGGUAUAACAUCUUUUUGAUCACAAAUAAUUUUUUGAUAUCAGAUAGCAGAAAAACAAGAUCAGGUUUUUUUCCACUGGAUUUUAUAAGAUGCUGUGAAAGCUGUGAUAGCUUUUAUCAUAGAUUUUAUGAAUGACAUUGGUGCUUUUAUGAUUGAGAUUAUUGGGAACUGUCCAAAUAUUUCAGAUUGGCUAGUGUUUGUAAACAUUCAGAUUAAACUAGGUUCUGUGUGAUUUGAAAUGUAGGAGUUAUUCUUUCAGUAAUGGAAGGACUUUUUUUGUUUUAAAUGGUGUAGCUUAGGCCCAGCAUUCUUCCAGUAUACUAAAGGCUUGUUAUCAUGUAUGCCUUUUUGUCCACAGGUGAUUAUUGCUGUGGGUUGAGCUCAAAAUGGCUGUAGUCAUCCGUUUACAGGGACUUCCUCUUGUUGCGGGUCCUGCAGAUAUUCGCCGUUUCUUCUCAGGAUUGAAUAUUCCUGAUGGAGGUGUACAUAUUAUUGGAGGAGAAAAGGGGGAAGCUUUUAUUAUAUUUGCAACAGAUGAAGAUGCCAGACAAGCAAUGAGCUACUCAGGAGGAUUUAUCAAGGAUUCACGUAUACAGUUUUUUCUCAGUAGCAAGACAGAAAUGCAGAACAUAAUAGAAAUUAAUAGGAAAAGAUUUGAUCGUGGUGGAAGAGAAACAGGAUCUAGGCGGACAGGUUCUAAUAAUUCAGGACCAUCUGGUGUUGGCAGCCUUUCAAAUUUAGUUGCAGCUAUUAAAAAAGGAAUUGGUAAAUCUAGCUAUGAUUCCAGGGUUCCUUUGGAGGAUGAGUUUCAUUCCAGUGGCUCUCGAAACAGUAAUAUAAACAUUUCAAAAUCAAAUUUUAAUCAGCCUAGGAAAGAAUCAUUUAAAUCUGAUAGGUUAUACUUAUUCAUACGUGGUAUGCCUUAUUCUUCAACAGAAGAUGAUGUGCUCAAUUUCUUCUCUGGAUUACAAGUGGAGAGGAUACUUAUGUUAAAAACCAAUGGUCAAAAUAAUGGGGAUGGCGUGGUCAAAUUUGCUACAUUAAGUGAUGCCAUGAAAGGACUGCAGCGUGAUAGGAAUUAUAUGGGUGCACGGUUUAUAGAAGUACGGCCCUCUAAUGAAGGAGCAUGGAUUAAAUAUGGUGGAAGGAUAGAUGAGAAGAUAGAUCAUUCUUUCCACUUUGAACAUAAUUUGAAUAAAGGAAAUUAUUCUUCAAGCAGAGAAUAUUCAAAAAGAGAGCCAAGCUAUUUGCCUUCAAGAAAACGUAGCCGAUCCAGGACUCCACCACGAAGAGUAAUGUCACAUGCUCACUCAAGGUCUCCUUCAUGGAGGAUUAUGGAACGCAGCUAUUCAAGGUCUCCUUCACGGAGAAUUAUGGCACGCGCCUAUUCAAGAUCUCCACGGAGGGUUAUGGCACACACUGGUUCAAGGUCUCCUCCACGGAGGGUCAUGGCACGCAAUGGUUCAAGGUCUCCACGGAGGGUCACGGCAUGUAUGCAUUCAAAUUCUCCAAAGAGGAUCACAGCAAGCACCCAUUCACGGUCUCCAAGGAGGGUCAAAACCCACUCUCGUUCACCUUUCUCUGGUUCAACCCAGUCCCAUUCACCUCAGAGCAAGGAAUAUUGUAUACAUGUUAAAAAUUUGUCUGCUGCUGUUGAGAAGAGAGACUUGCAGGUGUUCUUUGAGGAGCCAACCUUAAUGAACAAGGACAUUACUUUCCUAAAAUCACAUGAUAAUGAGGCAAGGAGCAAGGAUGCAGUUAUUACGUUCAGAUCAGAGAGAGCAUAUACAUCCGCACUUAGUUAUCACAAGCUUGAUCUUUUUGGUCGACAAGUUUACAUUUUCCCUGUUUCCAAAAGAACAGUGCUAGAAUUAAUUGGGUCUUCGGAAGUCAAAAGGUCACCAGAAAGACAUCACCAUGUAAAGGAUAAAAAUAAUCAAGAUGGCUAUUCUGGCUCAAAGACAUGUGUUUAUGUAAGAAAUUUUCCAUUUGAUGUGACAAAUGUUGAAGUACAGAAAUUCUUUGCAGGAUUUAAUAUUGAUGACAAUGACAUUUAUUUGCUUUUUGAUGACAAAGGAGUUGGACUGGGAGAAGCACUGGUCAAAUUCAGAACUGAAGAUCAAGCCCGAAAAGCUGAAAGCUUAAAUCGCCGACGCUUUUUGGGGACAGAGGUACUCUUAAGAUGUAUACCCGAGGAGCAAAUGCAAGAAUUUGGUAUUAAUGUUUCAUCAGCAUCUAAUGAAAAAAUGCAAGGGCAUCACCAUACAUGCGAAAGAGAGGAAAACUUUUACUCUGUUGAUUCACAGGGACCCUCUGUGCAGGGAGAUGUAAAACAUCCAUCUGAUUAUAGAUGCCUUUCUGAUGAUUUCAUCUGUUCACCUGAUAAUUUUAGAGGUCCUCCCCCAUUUACAGAAUUUGGUGAAGGUAUUUCUGGAAAUUUUCCUGAUAGGCGUUUUAUGCCUGAUUCUAAUUUUGGUGGUGGCUCAGAUUGUGUAACAUUGAUCAAAUUAAAAAAUAUACCAUUUCGAGCUUCUCCUAAUGAAAUUUUGGAUUUUUUCCAUGGCUAUAAAAUCAUACCAGAAUCUCUUUCUGUUCAGCACAAUGAAUAUGGAAUGUCUUCUGGUGAAGCAAUCAUUGCUCUAGUAAAUUACAAAGAGGCAGAAGCUGCUAUUAAUGAACUGAAUGAUAGGCCAAUUGGCCAGCGCAAAGUUAGGUUAAGUUUGGCAUAGGUGAAAAUGAGGUUAAAUAAAUAUACAGUAUUAAUUCAUUACAAUUCACAUUUUUUACUUGGAAAAUGAAGAUACCCCAAAAUGUUAAACGUUAUAAAAAGUUAAGUCUUAUUUUAAAAUUGCAGCAUUUUUAAUUGAAUUAAUAUUUUUUUAAAAGGUGGAUCAGCCUGAUAGUUCUGACAAGUUCUCUUCAAAAUAUGCCUAGCUGAAAUAUGAAACUUGACAACAUGUAUUUAGUUUUCAUCACACUGCUUGCAUGUAUAUUGGCAGUUCAUCUAAAUAUAUUGUUUGAUGUAAAACAUUGUAUUUUCAAAGUCAUUCAAAAGCAUAGGUUGUGUCAUCCCUGUAUAUAUUAACUUAAAUCCACAGGAUUCUUGCCCAUUGUUAAUACUCAGUGGUAUCGUGAAUGGUUUCGUUAACGUCAGCUCAGCAUUUCUUUUAAAAUAAAAAUACGUACACUGAAAUAUGUGGAUGGUCACUGAUGCAUUGCUUUUUCACGACAGUAGUAUCUUACAAUCCCAUUAAGAACCUAUGUUGUAUUUUGGCAUAUGUGAACAUAGGUAAUGAUUAUAUGAACUAAGUUUUAUAGGACCAGACACAGUCUAACAUUGCAUGGUAUACCCCAAAGAAUGUGACAUACUGUUAUAUGUGUGUACCCCUACAAUCUUGGUUCAUGCCUAGAUUUUCUAUUAAUUUGUCAGCAAAAUUUGUCAGCAGCAUUGUUUUGCUUGGGUAGAAAAUAGCCUUAACACAUUUUCUUAAGUAUUAGGGUAGGAGGGAAAAAGGAACUGGCAAUUGUAUCCAGUAUUUAAGAAAACUUCAGAAGUAUUUUUAUGUUGAUCUACAUGUUAUUGUAAGGGUGUUUUUUAUUCAUUCUGGGCAUUUGCAGCUGGAGCAUCAUUUUGAGAUGAUUACUUUGGCUUUGUAUGCAUUAGACAAGUCUUUCCCAACCAUGUGUCUUCUAGAUGUAUUAGACUACAACUCACAUCAAUUUUAGUCAAUUAGCUUGCUUGAGAAUUAAACACAACACAUCUGGAGGGUAUCAGAUUGUGAAAGACAAUAUUAAAUACUUAUAUCUGGGAUAGGUGAGGAUAAGAUGACACUGUCCUCAAUCAGCAAUUCUUAUAUACCAGGAAUCUCUUUUGAGUAGUGUUCUGUUUUUCUCUUAAAGAUAGUGUUUGACUUGGACAUAUGGAGCUCCUGUCAUCUAGGCACCUGGGUGAUCUUUGAACUGAAUUAUUAACUCCUACUAAAGCCAAAGAUUUUGGCAUUGUUUUCUGUGCAGAUGAGAUGUGAAAAAACAGCACACGUUCUGGAAGAACCAGUUCUCUGAAGGGGAGAUUUGGAAUUUGCACGAACAAUAUCCAAACGGGAUUGAUGGUCUGGUGGAU